GUCCCAGACCAAUGGAACAAGGCAGUGAAACAAAUACAAUCGACGCAAGUAAAACAAAAAGAACAACAUGAUCGAUGCAUAAAGAUUAUACCAAACUUUCAAAUAGGCGAUAAGGUUUUACUGUUUAAUGCUGCUCACCAAAUGUCUU